AUGAUACCAAGUCAAGCUCUACUAUUCCUAUCCUUAGGAAUCACCGCUGUUACAGGCCGCUCUACGAAACCCAACUUUAUCUUUAUUAUCACCGACGAUCAGGAUCUACAUCUAAACUCUAUCGACUAUCAGCAUUCUGUACAAAAGCACUUUUCUCAAGAAGGUACUUGGUUCAAGAAGCACUUCUGUACCGUAUCACUGUGUUGUCCAUCAAGAGUAUCUCUUUUGACAGGGAAAGCGGCUCAUAACACGAACAUUACGGAUGUCUCUGCUCCUUACGGCGGAUAUCCUAGGUUCAUUGAGGAAGGAUUCAACGAUCACUACCUUCCAGUAUGGCUUCAAGAGGCGGGAUACAACACUUACUAUACUGGGAAGCUUAUGAACGGCCACUCCAUCACUACAUAUGAUGCACCUCGGGCCAGUGGUUGGAACGGGUCUGAUUUCUUGAUUGAUCCAGGAACAUAUGUCUUCUACAACUCUACCAUGACGCGUAACCAUGACCCCUACAAGAAUCUACCAGGAGAGUAUUCAACCGACUUAGUCGCCAAUGCUGCAGUUGGAUUCCUAGACGAAGCCAUUGCAGCAUCUGAUCGACCGUUCUUCAUCGGUGUCGCUCCUAUAGCUCCUCACUCAGAAACGAUUACCGACCCACGACCUGUGAAGUUCAACCCACCAGUACCAGCAAAGAGACAUGAGCAUCUCUUCCAGAACGUGACAAUACCGCGGACACCAAACUUCAACCCAAACAAGCCAGGAACUGCUUCCUACUUCAAAACUCUCCGCCAACUCAACCAAUCUGAAAUUGACUACAACGACGACUGGUACCGAAAACGACUCCAAUCCCUUCAGUCCGUGGACGAGCUCAUCGACUCCAUCAUAGCCCGUCUAAACGCCACCCCGGAGGUCCUAGAAAACACCUACCUAAUCUACACAACAGAUAACGGCUUCCAUAUCUCGCAGCACCGCCUCCCACCCGGAAAAAGCUGCGGCAUCGAAGAGGAUGUCAAUAUACCCUUCUUCAUCCGUGGUCCUGGUAUAGCAAAAGGCGCUGUUCAAACUAUUCCUUCUAGCCACACUGAUAUUGUACCCACGCUUUUCCAUUUAGCCGGUAUACCUCUCCGAGAAGACUUUGAUGGGGAGCCUAUUCCCGUUACUGAAGAGCUACUUGCGCGGAAUGAGAAGAGUGAGCACAUUAACAUCGAAUUCUGGGGCAACUACCUAGUAGAAGGAAACACAUUUUUCGGACAGAGUUCUUUGGUGAAUAACACGUAUAAGACGGUGAGGGUCGUUGGAGAGGAGUAUGACUUGGCGUACACGGUUUGGUGUACGAAUGAGCAUGAACUUUAUGAUAUGACGGCAUGUAUCUUCUUUCUGCUAUCCUUUGUCCUUCACGGCUAA